AUGGCGCCGCCCGUGACAAUUGACUCUACGCCGCAGCGUGCCUUAAUCAUCGUUCCAACUGUGGUGUUGGUCUUUUCGACUCUGGCGAUUGGCUUGCGCUUUUAUGCUCACCAGAUCAAGAGACAGCGCUUUGUGGUUGACGAUGCCCUGGCCUUGGGCGGUUUGAUAUUCGCAUACGGACUUCAUAUUAAUUUGUGUAUUAGCGUGGCAUUCGGUGGUCUUGGAGUUUCCAUAACCACCCUUGAAGUGUCGAAUAUAGUGGUAUACGCCAAGACCAUCAUCGCCGGCGGCGCCCUCUACGGAACUGCAGUAACCCUCCUCCAAGUCUCGAUUCUUUUCCUCUAUGUGCGCCUCUUCAGCAUCGUCCGCUGGCAUGUUGUCGCGUGCUACGUCGUUAUGGGCUUCUGCGUCGCAUGGUGGAUAGCCUUCUUUGGGGGCACCAUGGGCGACUGUGUGCCGCUGCAAAAGCUCUGGACUCCGACCGAGCAUGGGACAUGCAUUGAUCAGAACAAGGCCUGCGGAGCUACGGGAAUUGCUCAUAUCAUUCUAGACCUGAUCAUCCUCAUUCUACCGUUGCCCAUUAUCUGGAAUAUGAAGAUUGAUAUGACGCGCAAGUUUUUUGUUUCGGUGAUUUUCAGCAUUGGUAUAUUUGCCACCGUCUGCUCCAUCCUACGCAUCAGCUGCAUCGUCUCCCUGAUCAAGAUCGACAGCUCCGAUCCCACCGCGUCAACCUGGAUGAGCUACCUUUUCGAAUCCCUCGAAGUCUCCAUGGGCGUCAUUUGCGUAUGCAGCAGCUCGGUGCCCGUCGUAUACUCGCGAGUCAGCCCCAGACUUGGAUCGUACGCGCGUAACCUUUUGAGCUCGCUUCGUGGACGGUCACGCUUUACCACCAAUCAUAGUCAAUCGAGUACUGGUGGUGAGGAGUUGGGUUAUAUCGGUGCGGGCGCUUCCAAUGCAAAUACUGUGCCGUCGAAGCAGGGGACUACUAAUGAUGACAUUGCCCUCGCUGAUACGACUCCUCGGGCCGCCGUUUAA